AUGUACGGCAGUGCCAGAGCUGUAGGCCAUAUAGAGAGCAGCCCCGCACGGUCCCCGCGCCUGCCAAGGUCCCCCAGACUGGGCCAUCGGAGGGCCAACAGCGGGGGCGGGGGUGGUGCGGGGGGCAAGACGCUCUCCAUGGAGAACAUCCAGUCCCUCAACGCUGCCUAUGCUACUUCGGGGCCCAUGUACCUCAGUGACCACGAGGGCGUGGGCUCCACUGCCACCUACCCGAAAGGCACUAUGACUCUGGGACGCGCCACCAGCCGGGCCAUGUACGGGGGCCGCGUCACAGCCAUGGGCAGCAGUCCCAACAUCGCUUCAGUGGGGCUGCCUCAUCACGCUGACCUUCUGUCUUACAGUGACCUGGGUUCCCUCUCUAUGCUGCACCACCACCACCACCAGGGGGUGCCCUCCGCCCUGCUGAGGCAGGCGGUGCGGGGCAGCGGUGGGGAGCUGCUGGAGAUGCAGGCCCAGCUCAGGGAUAUGCAGAGGGAGAACGAGCUGCUGCGCAGAGAGCUUGACCUGAAGGACAGUAAGUUGGGAUCUUCCACCAACAGCAUCAAGAGCUUCUGGAGUCCUGAGCUGAAGAAGGAGAGGAUAAUGAGGAAAGAGGAGGCGGCUCGCACAUCAAUCCUUAAAGAGCAGAUGAGAGUCACCCACGAGGAGAACCAGCAUCUCCAGAUGACCAUCCAGGCUCUGCAGGACGAGCUGCGCACACAGCGAGACCUGAACCACCUGCUGCAGCAGGAGAGCGGCAACCGCUCCGCCUCUGAGCACUUCACCACCAUCGAGCUGACGGAGGAGAACUUCCGUCGGCUGCAGGCCGAACAUGACCGGCAGGCCAAGGAGCUCUUCUUGCUCAGAAAGACCCUGGAGGAGAUGGAGCUGAGGAUCGAGACCCAGAAACAGACUUUGGGUGCCAGAGACGAGUCCAUUAAGAAGCUGCUGGAGAUGCUGCAGAGUAAAGGGCUGCCUCCGGGGCCAGGCAGGGUGUCGGAGGAGGAGGAGCAGGAGAGAGCCAGACGCAUUGCUGAGGCAGAGGCCCAGCUCGGACACCUGGAGGUCAUUCUGGAUCAAAAGGAGAAGGAGAACAUUCAUCUGCGAGAGGAGCUGCACAGAAGAAAUCAGCUGCAUCAAGAUCCAAGCAAAACCAAGGCCCUGCAGACCAUCAUAGAGAUGAAAGACACCAAAAUUGCCUCUCUGGAGCGCAACAUUCGAGACCUGGAGGAUGAGAUCCAAAUGCUGAAGGCGAACGGCUUACUGAACACAGAGGACAGAGAGGAGGAGAUCAAACAGAUGGAGGUCUACAAGAACCACUCUAAGUUUAUGAAGACCAAGAUCGACCAGCUGAAGCAGGAGUUGUCGAAGAAGGAGUCGGAGCUGCUGGCUCUACAGACAAAACUAGAGACCCUCAACAACCAGAACUCUGACUGCAAACAGCAUAUCGAGGUGCUCAAAGAGUCUCUCACUGCCAAGGAGCAACGUGCUGCCAUCCUGCAAACAGAGGUGGAUGCCCUGCGUCUGCGUCUGGAGGAGAAAGAGUCCUUCCUGAACAAGAAAACCAAGCAGCUGCAGGAUCUGACGGAGGAGAAGGGCACUCUCGCCGGAGAAAUCAGGGACAUGAAGGACAUGCUCGAGGUCAAAGAAAGGAAGAUCAAUGUCCUGCAGAAGAAGAUUGAGAACCUGCAGGAGCAGCUACGGGACAAAGACAAGCAGCUGGGGAACCUGAAGGACAGGGUCAAGUCUCUGCAGACCGACUCCAGUAACACAGACACUGCCCUGGCCACGCUGGAGGAGGCGCUGUCUGAGAAGGAGAGAAUUAUAGAGCGUUUAAAGGACCAAAGGGAGAGGGAGGACAGAGAACGUCUGGAGGAGGUGGAGUCCUAUAAGAAGGAGAACAAGGACCUGAAGGAGAAAGUCAACAGCCUGCAGAUAGAGUUAACAGAGAAAGAGUCCAGUCUCAUCGACUUAAAGGAACACGCCUCAUCUCUGGCAUCUUCUGGUCUCAAGAAGGAUUCAAAGCUCAAGUCUCUGGAGAUCGCCAUCGAGCAGAAAAAAGAGGAGUGUAGUAAGUUGGAGACGCAGUUGCAGAAGGCCCACGAGGUGGAACAGCAGUCCGGCCCCAGGGGGAACCCGGAGUACGUGGACCGAGUGAAGCUGCUGGAGAAGGAGGUGAGCUACUACAAGGACGAGGCCAACAAGGCUCAGACGGAGGUGGAGAGGCUCCUGGACAUCCUGCGAGAGGUGGAGACCGAAAAGAAUGAUAAGGACAAGAAGAUCGCUGAGUUGGAAAGACAAGGAGGCAAAGACCAGGCUAAGAAGGGUCAAAACAUCAAGCUGGGACCACAAGGAGACAAGAAAGGCUUAGGACAAGACCCUCGUAAGGACAGCUCGAUGGACGGUGGCCACCACUUAAAGCUGGAGGAGCUGAUGAACACGCUGGAGAGGACGAGGCAGGAGCUGGAUUCCACCAAGCAGCGUCUCUCCUCCACCCAGCAGUCGCUGCAGGAGAGGGACUCCCACCUCACCAACAUGAGACAAGAGCGCAGGAAACAGCUGGAGGAGAUCCUGGAGAUGAAGCAACAAGCUCUGCUGGCAGCCAUCAGUGAGAAGGAUGCUAAUAUUGCACUGCUGGAACUGUCUGCCUCCAAUAAAAAGAAGACCCAGGAGGAGGUGCUGUCCCUCAAGAGGGAGCGGGACAAACUGAUGCACCAGCUCAAACAACAUACACAAAGCAGAAUGAAGCUGAUAGCUGACAACUACGAAGACGAGCAGUAUCACCCACACGGUCCUCACCACCCCCACCAUCAUCGUGGAGGGCCGGCCCGAGGACCCCCACAUGCUGGGCACCGCCCCGCCCCGGACCAGGAUGACGACGAGGGCAUUUGGGCAUAA